UACUUACAUGUACAUGCAGAUACAUACAUGCAUACACACAUAUUCACUGUUCUGCUUUCCAUAGAUUCACGUCUUAAAAUAUAUGUUACUCUUCUGUUCAUGUAUCUAGCUAAUACAAAGCUCUACAUUUCAAAGGCUGCAUUUGUAUUUUCCAGGGAGCUUCGGAGAAAGAACAUUACGGUGAACCUGUGGGUGGUUAAUGAGCGUUGGCUGUUCUCUGUGCUGUGGUGUGCGGGGGCCAGCUCUGUUACCACCAACUCCUGCCACCUCCUGAAAGUCAUGGAGCGGCCUGACUGGAUCCUGGCACCUCUUACAUACAAGAUAAUAUGGAUUACAGUGGACAUUGUAUCUAUUCUGAUAAUGACUGGACUUUACAUCUUUCGAUGGAAAACACACUGUUUCUGUCACAGAAAAGGGAAAGACAAGCAAAGAAACAAUAUUUCAGCGUGGAAUGAUAAAGAACUGUCUCCCUUCUUACCCACUGGGUAGUUCACCCUACACCGGCAGUUUUUUUUCUCUCAAAACUGACGUACAUCCCUGUCUGCACUGACAAAAUACUUUGGACCUAAAUAAGGACAAAAGCAAGUUGAUGUGAAUAACCAUACAUUGUAUUUACAAAGCCAUGAAUAUAAGAAUGUUAUAUUUUCAGAUGUUUUGGGUUUCUGUAUAAGUCUAGCAGGUUAACUGUGUUUUAAUCAUUCUUCUGAUACUACUGAAAAUACAAAGCUUUUCUUUGAUUGUAUCAAUGUGCCCUGUAGAACUGCACUGAAUUUCCUCUUGGCACUUUAUGUAAUUUUAAUGUUGUUUUUUUUUCAUUUGUUGCUGUUUGAUUCAUUAUAAACCUUUUUUUCAUGGUGUGAAUACUGCAGGAAAUAUGUGUAUCUACUGUAUCCUGAGCCAAAAGCAUUAUGAUUAUUUUCUAUGA